AUUAAUUUUAUUAUAAUGAUAUUUUUAUUAAUUAAUUCAUUUAUAUUUACUCAAUUAACCCAUCCUAUAGCAAUAGGAUUAAUUUUAUUGAUGCAAACUAUAUUAACUUGUUUAUUUACAGGAAUUUUAUCAAAAACUUUUUGAUUUUCUUACAUUUUAUUUUUAAUUUUUAUUGGGGGGUUAUUAAUUUUAUUUAUUUAUAUAUCAUCUUUAAAUUCUAAUGAAAAAUUUAAUUUUUCAAGAAUAUUUUUUUUAAAAAUAUUCAUUUUAUUUAUGAUAAUAAGAUUUUUAUUUAUAAUAUUCAAUAAAUUAUUUAUUGAAUUAUUUUUUAAUCAUGAAAUAAUAAAUUUUUUCUCUAAUAUUAAUUUAAUAAAAGAAAAUUUUUUAAUUAAUUCAAAAAUAUACGAAUUACCUAAUAAUUUUUUAAUAAUUUUUUUAAUUAAUUAUUUAUUAUUUAAUUUAGUAAUUGUAGUAAAAAUUACUAACUUUUUUUAUGGGCCUUUACGAAUUUCUUACUAA